AUGCACACAGCACUACCGACAUGGCUCGCUCUGUCAGCAGCAAUAAUACCUAGCGCAACGGCGUUUUACCCAUACCAUUACGACGGCAGUAGCACUUCCUCGUCGCCGUCCCUACGGUCACCACGGCUCUCUCGAUCCUCAAAGGAAACCACCGCACGCGGCGUCACGCUUCCUCUGCGCCGAAUCGCUACGAGCCUACACUCCCGACAGAGUAACGUGUACAACAUAGUCAACUCGAAGGACCCGAGCCAAGAAAAGAGCGUGGCCAUUGACCAAGAUGGCAAGGAUCUCAGCUACAUGGUCGCCGUGACCUUUGGCGACAGCAAGGAGGAAUACCACAUGCUGCUCGAUUCCGCAGCGAGCAACACCUGGGUCAUGAGCCAAGACUGCAAAAGUGAAGCAUGUAAAACACAUACUUUGUUCGGCAAGGGCGAUUCCAGCACACUCAAGUCCGACACCAAACAAUUCAGCAUAACCUACGGCACCGGCUCCUCCAGCGGCACCCUCGCCUCAGACACAAUCCACAUCGGCACCUCUCUCUCCUCGCCCCUAACCUUCGGGCUUGCCACCAACGUCUCAGACGAAUUCCGCGCCUACCCCAUGGAUGGCAUCCUAGGCAUCGGCCGCGGCGGCGCAGCUAGCGACGGCGAAAUCGCCGCCCCCCAAAUCAUGGACGUCCUCACCUCGAACCGCGUCAUCGCCGCAAAACUCUACGGCAUCCACCUGAGCCGCGCAAAAGACGGACUGCAAGACGGCGCGCUGGACAUUGGCCACAUCGACGAGACCCGAUUCUCAGGCGACCUGAACUACCUCGACUGCGUAGAAAACGACACAGGGUUCUGGGAAAUCCCACUACAAGGCGCGAGCGUAGACGGCAAAGACGCUCUUUCUUCUGCUCCCGGUAACGCAGGCAGAUUGGCAAUCAUGGAUACGGGGACUUCGUUCAUCCUCAUCCCAGAGUCAGAUGCACAGGCUAUUCACUCGGCUGUCAAAGAUCAUACGCAGAACGGUGAAACGUUUUUUGUCCCCUGCGAUACGAAGGCGCAGCUAGCUUUCUCGUUUAACAACGUUGCGUAUAAUAUUUCGACUGCGGAUUGGAUUGGGGAGAAAGUAGAGGGCCAGGGCGGAUUGUGCAGGAGCAAUAUCAUUGGUAGACAGACGUUCAAGGCGAAUCAGUGGUUGGUGGGCGAUGUGUUUUUAAAGAAUGUGUAUUCGGUGUUUGAUUUUGAGAAGGAGAGGGUUGGGUUGGGGGUCAAGGGUGAGGAGAAGGAGGUUGAGUCGCAGAGUGCGACGUCUUCUGGCGCACAGUCUUCAGUCUCCCAAACGGCUUCCGGUAGUGCGGCGGCACCCACUUCGUCUGCUAUGGCGGACAACGUGUCCCAGGGUCAGCAGGGCAGCAGCAGUGCUGCGGGCCACUUUUCGUCAUCAUCAGCCCUAGUGUCCGUGGUAGCGCUUGCUGUGAUUUCAUUGUUCAUAUAA